UAUGUGUUUAUCUAUGGUUGUUUUAUUUUGUUUUUAUUAUAUUUGUGGACACAACAGUAUCUAGGGCGCAUUAUCGUAUGGAGGAUAUUUCUAAAGCGGUUGUGUAAAAAUGAUAUUGUUGGUUUUUUGAAGAUUAGGUCAAAUGUUGUUAGUACGAACGAUAUUCUAAGAAAUGUUUGACAACAUGAGAGGCGUGCAUGGACGCUGUCCACCGUUUUUAGUUGGGGGUCUUCUUGUUUUGUGUUUUAUUUUGGCCUUCAAUUGGUGGUCGUUAUCAGCACAAAAUAAUGAACUCUUACGUCAGGUGGAAGAGUUAAGCGACCAACUGAAAAUAAGCUCGGAGGGGCAGGACAUGUGCGUGCACCAGCGCGUGUCGGCGGAGGCGCGGAUCAAGAACCUGGAGGACGACACGGCACAGCUGCAGGUGCGGCUGGAGCAGCUGCGAGCAGACAACGACGAGGCAAACAAGCGACUGCUGCAGAAGGACAGCGAGCGCCAGGACGUCGCCAAGGAGCGAGACUCGGUCCAGCGAGCGGCAGACGCCUGCGCCACGGAACUGGAUUCCCUUAAUAAGCUGGAUGUCUCAAAAGAUGCGACAAUCGCAUCACUGCGACUGGAGAAGGAUGCCUUUGUUUCUCAACUGGAAAAAAGAAAUAAAGAAAUCUCAAAAUUAAAAUCUGAAUUGGAGGCUGCCCAAUCGGAACUGGGCAACCUAAAACCCAGAGUUGCUCUGAAGUCGUCGCAGACUCCUGUUCUCAAGUCGUCCCCAGUUCCUCACGGUUUGCGUCCGUGGGACUUGAAGCCCGUGGAUGUGGGAGUGGUCAGAGUGAGACCAGCUGGCUUGCGAGGAAUGAUGUUCCACAAUAUGCAUAUCCUCCCCCGGGACCCUCCCGAUGCAUUCCGACCCAAACCACGCUUCAGUGUCACUUACCUCACCCAAGCACCAAGUGGCGUUGUCCCUGCGCCUGCCCCGAAACCCGACAACAUCGGCGUCGCUGUGGGCGGGGAUCACGAGAGUCUCAAUCAGGAUGCUAACAAUGUUGAGAAUGAGAACAAUGCAGCUGAAGAAGAUGAUCAAAUCGCGGACGACGCUGGAGCGGAGGACCCCGACCAGGUGGAGCCGGUGAGGAUGGAGGUGCCCAACGAAACCAACGUGGACGGGAGCAACCGCGUGAACGCCAUCUAGCUGGCCGGUCGGUCGAAGUGUGCUGCCCCGGGGCUCUGGCAGCAGCAGGGUUCCUUGUGCUACUUGUGCUACGGGACGUUUAGUUCAAUGAUUCAUGAAUGCUCGUAAGUCAUAGCAGCCUGAAUGUCUACACAGAUUGUUAUUUUACUUUAACUUGUUAUAUGUUAUGAUGGGUUUUUGCUAUGCUGAGCUUUCAGUUAUACAUAUAUGUAGCCUUUUAUUCCAGGAACAAUGUUACUAAAGGCUGCUUUUUGUCUAGUAUUUUGACUAGUGGAUGGGGAGCUCCAAAUUAUUGAUUAUUUAAAAUGAUUAUGCCUGUUUUCUCCGUCAGGCUAGAUGUGAACUUGGUAUGGAAUGUUGCAAUAGUCAUCCGGAGCCUAGAAUUAAGUUAUGGUGUUUUUAUUUAUAUGACAUACAGAAAUGUAUGGUUGGUGAGUAAUAAAUAUGUGUUUAUAUUGAAAUGAUACGUGAAAGAAACAAUAUGUAUUUGUAAGUAUUUAAGUAAGAAAAAAAAAUGUUAGUGCAGCAGGUACAAUACUUUUCUUUGUCACUAAGGUCAUGUCUUGUAUCUUAUCAACAGCAUUCAUUUUACUUCAUUUAUAGUGAAUUCAUUACCUUUUUUUAAAGUUUCAUUGUAGGCCAAUUGUUAAGUGUUAAUAUAAGGUAAUGUAAGGUAAAUUAUGGUAACAUUUAAAUAAUAGGGUUGCCAGUAUGUACCUUACAAUAUCUCAUUUCUUGUAAAUAAUAAGUAUAGGGAUUGUUCAUAAUGCUUAUAAAAAUGUAGUUCAUUUUCAUUGCUAAUAUUUUUAUAGCCAUACUUCUAUAAUGUAUGAAAGAUAUUUAUUGUGAUCAGAAGUCAGAGAUCUUGUUAGUGUUAAUUCAUAUAAUCAUAUUUUAAUCACAUUUUCCUUAAUAAGCUUUUGUUUUUGUGUGGCAUAAUUACUUGCUAAUUACUUUUUUUUUGUUUUUGUAAUAUUUUAAAAUCAUUAUGCAGUGCAGAUUGUUUUCAAUUAAUUUGUUAUGGGAUAUUGGUAGACUUUCUUGAAUAUUCUUGGCUCUAAGUGCAAGAACUGAAAAGAAAGUACCAAUAUCUCGUACCUGAACAAAUACAAUUUGGGACUUAACAUUUUAAGUUUCUGUUUGCCAGUCAUUAAUAAUUUUGUGUACUAGACAAUCAUAACUUACUUAAAAGUAUCCAUUUCCUAACAAAUCUUGUGGAAUGAUGAUUGAUAACUGUUUUUUUUUCUUCUUUUAUGUGUGGUCUAUGUGUCUCUUCCAUUGCUGUGUCUUCCGUCUGUUUCGUCUCUCAUACGGAGAUAAGCUGUCUCGACAAGUUAUUCUACGGUGCAAACAGUAUGUUUGUUCUGAUGCUGGCUAUUGCAAGAGUGAGCCAUCUCGAGGAGAGACCUGCAAGUACUUCAUGCAUGCAGCUGACUCGUGAAUUAAAUAAAGGGUUCUACAAAACUGGGGUUUCUGAGUUAGCUGCAGGGUGUAGUUGUACGACUGGGCCCAGAUGACAUAUAUAUCAGUUCUUCAAGAUGACAGCAGGUUUUUUUUCAUUUGUUGCAUCCCACAUUCGAUUUAGAGGCAGGAUGUGGAGGUGUCUCUUGGAGAGUUUAGUAGAUUGAAGUUAGACCAGUUUUAUUGCGAAACGUUUUAAGAAAGAGGUUUAGUUUUUCACAGCAGGUAUUCUAUGUACUGGAAUAGCAAAUAACUGAAUAGGAUGACAUCAAGGCUGUGAUGAAACUCACAGAGGAAGCUCUCUUUUGUUUUUGCAUGUUCGUACAUUAUGUCGCAAAUAAAGUAUUUGGGUUGGAACAGUGUGGUUUUAAAAUAAGAUUGAGUAAGACUUCAAAAAUAAGGGGUUUCUCCCCACUAUCUAUUUUGCCUAAAUCUCUGCUUAUUUGUGGUUUCAUCUUACAACAGACUGCUUUUAUAAAGAGUUACAUGACUUUAUAUCACAAAAUUCUCAUGUAAUGCAACCAUUUUACUGGCACUUUAUUAUUAUUAUUAUUAUUAUUGGCAUUUGCACAAUUCCAUAUCUCAAAUGUAGUUGGCGUGUCUGUUCUUGAAACUUUUACAAUGUAUGGUUAGAAUUUUUUUAUAACCAUUACUUUAUACAUAACUUUAUACUUAGGGCAUACAUAGUUGUUUUUUAAUUGUGCUAUCUUGUAUCAUUCUUUUUUAUAGUUAUGAGGCCUUUAAAGAAUCAUUCUUUGUAUAUGGAGAGAUAGCACAAAAAAGAUUCUUGCUAAAGAGAGUUCAGACUAGUUUUCAUGCUAGCAAAAUAAUCUGUUUAUUGGAACAUGGCUGAAAAGUACUGAAGGGGUUAAGGCACUUUUGAAAACUGUACCAGGUUAAAUCCAUCAGUGAAAAAGUAAAAGUGUUGGAAACCUUGAAUCUGAGUAGUGUAUCCACACUCAAAAUCACCUCAUGUUUAACCCUGCAAAUUUUAUGGGUAAUUUAAAUAAAGGAAAAAAAAACACAAAAUAGCAAAAUAAAACUACAGUAGAAGCAGUUUAUCUGUUGAGAUCAGAGAAAAUAUUGAUCAAGUAAUAUAUUGAGAAAAUUAAACUAACAACCAAUAAAGGUACGUAGUAAAUAGUUUUUAUUAGUGAUACAAAUGAAAGAUUGGUAAUUAUGGUUUUGUUCCUGAAUACAAUGGAUCGUAUUUUAUUUGCUGAAAAGUGUUUCAAAAUUCAUUAGCAUGUGUAUUUUAACAUGUGCGACAUAAAAAAUUGAAUCUUGUGUUUGUAAUUCAAAAUUUGUGAGAAAGUAUACUCGUUCAGAAACUAGUGGUUAGAUCUCUAUGAUUGACUAUGCUCAUAGUGACAGAGUAAAUUGAGUUAACACAAAGGGUUCUCAAAAGUGCCUUUACUACUGCACUUAUUGAAACAGUAUUUAUCACUGUCUAUGUAUUUUUAAAUAUAUAAGUUAGUAUUUGUUGUCCUGUUUUAGUUUAAGCGUAGCAUCAUCCAUGAUAGUUUUAUUGUGAAUAGCUACACUUGUGUAUACUUGCAUAGUAAUCUUGUUCUGAGUGCCGCCUAGAUCGAGCUGUGAAGUCAGUGUCAAUGAAGUAGGCCUUCUGAGGCAUAUCACUUGCAAUUCUAGCUUUAUAUGCAGCUUCUGGGUAUUGCUGUUUUUUUUUCUAAUGGUCUACUAUAACAAGCUAUGCAAAUUAUUUUUUGUUGUUAAUUUUUGCACCAAACAUAGGUAUUCAACACUUCAUCUGCUAUUUGAGAGACAACAGGUAAAUAUUUAUAAUUGUUUUUGCGUGGAUAUUACAUCAUAGUCACUAAAAGAAGUUCAUUGUUCAUAGUCCUAUUUCCAAAAUAUUUCUCCAUAGAUAUCAGGAAUUAGCAACAAAAAUAACCAUCAUACAAGGUGAUCAUGAUAUUUUAUUGAUAAAAAAAUUCAUUUUAAGGUAGGUUUCACACUCUUCCAUUAUUUAUGCACCAUUGAGUAACACAGAUUUUCUUUUUCACAAAAGGCUUAAGAAAAAAAUUGGGCCCUGCUGUUUCUGUAUAUUCUUUGCUGAAAUUGCAGUAGAAAUAGUUUUUAAAUUUAUUAGUUAUUAUAUUUGAUUUAUCAAUGAAGAUGAGAAUUUUUUUUUUUAUUAAAUUUUUAAAUGAUAAAGAAGCUCAACAUGGAUAGGACAGGAUGGUGCCUAAAAUUUUAUUUUCUUUAACCAUGGUAUGAUUAAAACAUUUCAUAUCUUCAAAAUCUUUUUGUGAGACUUGCAGUUCUGCUAUGUUGAACAGUUUUUAUGAAGUAGUAGUUAGUAUUCUAGCUCUGGAAUCAAAAGCACAUUAUUUGUCACAAAAUAAGUGAAGGUAUCUUCCACAUAGAAUACUAAAAAAUACAUAGAAAUGAAAUAAUCUUGUUACUACUAAUUUUACCUUUCAUACUGUAAAAAUUGAAAUGAUUUGCUAUUCUUUGAAUAAUAUUAAUUUUUGUAAGUUAAUGUAGUUUUUCAAAUCUUAAAUGUGGUGCAAUAUUUUUCCUUUUCACAGCAUUGCUAAAUUGUAAUUAGUUUUGAUUUUUGAGCAGAAAGAGCUCUACUGUACCUGACAAUUACUCUUUUUUGUAACUUUGUUAGACUAUAAAUUUCUAAAGCAUUGUAAAUUUGUUUUGACUGCAUUUCUUGCAUUAAAACUGCAGACACGAGCAUAUUUUUAUUCAAGUUAUAGUAUUUUUUUUUUAAAUACUUUUUUUUAAUUUCAGUCUAACAUAUUUAUAAUUUUCUGUGUGAUAUGUACUUAUGUGAUACUAAGUAAUAUAACAUAAUUUUACCAUCUUAAGAGUUUGUUUUAUAUUAAUGUCAGUUAAUUUUGUUUAAAUGUGUCAAUAUCUGGAAACUAUGCUUUGCAUUAAUUUGUUUUUCUUAUUUUGUAAUGCUAUACUUCCAGCAAUAUAUAUUUUGGACAACUCAA